AUUCCAAGUGUGGGCUUCACAGGAUUUGAUUGAAGCCAAUGGUUGGAAUUGGACGUAAAGUGAAUUGGGCUUAUGGGCCAGAUCUAGCCAACUAAUUCCAACGCUCACAAAUAUUCUAUACCCAAAGAUAAUAAGUGGCAACUGAAUCAAGAGAGGGGGCAGCCAUGGAAGGUAGCAACAGCAGCGAGGACUUUGCGGUGGGCUGCUUGCUCUCUAUCAAGACCACAUUAGGGGAAGAAUUCGACGGCCAAGUCAUCACUUUCGACCGUCCCUCGAACAUCCUCGUUCUUCAAGAGGGAUCGAAACCUGGGUCUAGGAGAAACAUAAGGUUCUUGAAAGCUAAUUAUAUAAAGGAGUUUUCUUUUCUGGGUCAAGCCGACGACCCACUUGAUGUCAAGAAGUGUUAUAUUGAUCUCCACAGUCUUCAAGCUAGAGAGGAUUUGGCUUUAAGGCAGGCAGAAGCAGAGGCAGAGAGGAUUGGAGUGGGCGUCACCGCUGAGGCACAGAGCAUAUUUGAUGCUUUGUCUAAGACACUUCCAGUGCACUGGGACAAGACUGUCAUUGUAGUCAUGAAUGAAGUAAGAGUUAGCAGUCCAUAUCUCCCAGAAUGUGUAAGUGGAGGAACGCCUGCUGCUAAUGAAAGGGUGAAAAAAGUGCUCGAGUUUGAGAGAAAGAGGUUGCAAGCUCGUGGUGCCAGUCAGUGAUGAGUAGUACACGUUGUACUCCUACUACAGUUGGGAUAGGUACCUUGACAAAUGGAUUGCUGUGGGUAUGUUGCUUAACCCAGCCUUAGUACAACCUUAACUGAGAAAAAUAUGUUUCUGUGCUGAGACAAUCUCAAGUUAUAUUGAAGGAAUAUAGUUUUUACCAUGGAAUUAUUUAGUAGUUAUUCCUUCAUUUUGCUGCCUCUGGCAUUUUCAAAUUUGGUAUGUUGCUUCUGGAGCAAAAUCAAUGGCAGGGAAUCCUGGUUUCGUAGUCUGCUGCUAUCCUCGCAGAUGUUAUGUACUUACAUGUCAAAUAAGUUUGCUACCCUACAAUCAAAACAAGUAAUUUCCUAGUUUCCAAAUUACUCUGAAAUCAUGUAUUGUGUGAAUGAAGCAAGUUAUGUGUUGUUUUUUUCC